CUGUCAAAUGCAAAAUAAUUUUUUUGUCCAGAAGCCAUUAUUAAACAAGAGAUUCCAGUCGAAACGUAUUUUUUUCCGAUAUAACGCACAAAAAAUGUUCGUACAUAUUAAAACGGUCUAAAGAAAUUCGAAGUACACUAUUUUUUCUCAAAAGCACGUGAAUAAAUUGGGUAUUUCAUAGUUUUAACAUAGCACUCCUGCGGGAAGUGAGGUUAUAAUUUUGGCCUCAUGUAGAGUUUUGUUAUUAACAAUUUGUGUGAAAAUGAGCGAUAACGGAAGCAACAACGUAGUUACUGAGGUCUCUGGACUUAUAAGGAGCUGGGAGGAUGAGUAUGCACAGCCUGGUUAUGAUCCCGUGCAUACUCUUAGGAAGUUGGCCGAGAUAAUAGAAUUAGAAACAGAAAACUACCUAAAAAUGGAUCCAGACCCCUUUGAUGAGAGGCAUCCGUCAAGGUCUGACCCCGAAUGCAAACUUGGCCAUAUUCUAAAAAUUGUUUUUCGUAAAGAUCUAUUUAUGAGUAAAUUACUCAAUGAUUAUUUAAGGGAUACAUUUUAUAGUAGAAACAAUAUAACAGAUAGGGAUAUAGAUCAAUUAAAUAUUGCUGCUUGUAGGCUGUUAUUAGAUCUAAUGCCUGGACUAGAAACUUCUGUAGUUUUUCAGGACAUGGAUACACUUAUUCACCGUCUAAUAAAAUGGGUUACAAACUCAAUAGAACCCCUUCAAAGCUAUGCUACUGGAGUACUUGCCGCCGCCAUGGACAUUCCUGAUAUAGCAGCCAAGUUCAGGGAAGAAAAUGGGAGGCUAGUGCCUCUUUUAUUGGCCCGACUUAAAAGAUUAAAAAGCUCCUCAGAAUUCACUAAAACUCUUUCAACAAAUUUAACCAGGCCUUUUGCCCACUUUUCUUCCAUGAGUUCUCCCCCAUACCGAGGAGAUGGGGUGAUCAAAUUGAAUUCUCCUGCUGGUAACACCUCACUUAAUGGGGUCAGUGCUGAAUCAAUUUCAUCUCCUCCUCCUCCUUCAUCUUACAGGGGUGAUGGGCUCAGAUUAAAUUCAUUUGUCAGUAACAUUUCAAUUCAUAAUGUUAGUACUGAGUCGAAUUCAUCCAUUGAAAAUCUUGAACAGCCAAGACACACCGAGGAAGACACUUCAAAUAAAAGAAAAAGACAGUCGGAUCACGAUUUCACGUCACCCCAGGCCUCCGACACUGACAGUCAUAGACGUAAACGCGCCCGACCCGAUCAAAACAAUUCCACAACACCGACGCCACCGUCCCCCCGGAAAACCAACACGGUCCUGGGGGAAUCGAGUAAUUCAUCUUGGGCGGAACUGGAAACGUUUAUGAUCGGCACCGUUCAAAUAUUCCCGCCGACGAUCGCCACCCGGCAAAUUUUAAUUUUGCGAUAUUUGACGCCCAUGGGCGAGUACCAGGAGUUCCUGGGCCACGCCUUCCAAGACAACAACGCCAUGGAUUUGAUAUUGACGUACGUGAACGUCAGAGCGACUAAAGAGUCGCGGUUGGCCUUCGAGGCGUUACGAUAUUUGGCGGCGUUGCUUUGCCAUAAGAAGUUCGCCAUCGAUUUUUUGAAUAGGGGCGGACUGGAGGCGUUGCUGGAGGUGCCGAGACCCUCGAUCGCCUCCACCGGGGUCGCGAUGUGCUUUUAUUAUUUGGGGUACCUCGAGGAGGCCAUGGAGAAGAUUUGCGUGAUGCCGCAGUUUAUUAUCACCAAUUUUGUCAAAUACGCCCUUUGGCUCCUAGAAUGCUCCCACGACUCGGGCCGAUGCCAAGCCAUCAUGUUCUUCGGUCUAACGUUCCAAUUCAAAGUCAUUUUGGACGAAUUCGACGCCCAGGAUGGCCUUCGAAAGCUACACAAUGUCAUCUCCACGUUACCGAUCCUCCAACCCGAUCACGACGCCAACGGUCAACCGAACGAGGAUCAAGAAUGUUCCGCACGUCAAAUCGUUCGGCACGUGUGUCUGGCCUAUCGACGCUACCUGGAAGCACAUUUAUACCAUAAAGCGGAACCGAUUCAACGGUCCCAGUUACGUUUGAACCCCUCCGCUCCCGUGAUGCCCGUUUUGCCUCCUUACAAAGCCUGUAAAUCCUCCCCCGAGGAAAUCCAGCAGUACAUCGAACUAUUACUCGAACACAUGAGCUUCAGGUCGCACUGGAGCCCAGUGGAUCAACUACUGAAGCUCGGCGAUAUAAAUUUGCUGUUGCAAAUCAUCGCUCUGGCUUAUGAGUGGAAUUACGGGGGUCGAGGAGAAACGGUCAGAUCCGCUCUGGAAGUUUUGGCUAUAGCCUGCGUUAUGCCCAAAGUUUUACUUCUUUUGUGCGAACGAGUAGAUUUGCCGGAAGAGAGAAUUACUUUGGGGUAUAAUAUCAUCAUUGGGGCGGCAGAAGGUGGGAUAGUAAGGGACAGUGAGGUGGAGAAGGCCGCCCUAAGGGUGUUGGUGAACAGCGUUUGUGCUCCGUUGAAUCGACCUGGUGGUACCGUGUCGAGGUCCACUCAGGUGGCUACGAAUUCGCCCAGUAAGAAGACGAAGUAUAAAAGCUUUGAGGAGCUCAUUCAGAAGGUGUGGGAUUGCGUACGAUCGAACAGCGGGAUUAUGGUGUUCAUUCAUCUGAUAAAUCGUAAGAUUCCGAUUACGGAUGCCGAUGAGAUUCGCACGUUGGCCUGUAAAGGCCUUUCCGGAUUGGCGAGAUGCGAAAAAGUACGUCAGAUAAUAUCGAAGUUGCCGCUAUUUACCAGCACGGAACUGGAACACCUGAUCCGCGAUCCGAUUUUGCAAGAGAAACGACAGGAGCACGUCGCGUUCCAGAAAUACGCUUUGGAACUGUUGAUGCUCGUCUCGGUGGGCAAAAAACACACGGGCAAAGAUCUGGACGUAUUUAUGGCCAACAUCGAUCGGAUCCACAAAUCGAACGUCGUCGCCCAGACGAAGAUCAAGUUUAACGACAAGCAACUGUUGCAACUCAUCCACAAUCAUUUAGCGAGCAAGGGGCUUUCGGAAACGGCCGCGCAGUUAGUCAAGGAGGCGAGUUUGAGUAUCACGAGUAAUUCCUCGCAGCAUCCCAGUCGAUUUAGGUACUCAACAACGCUCACCCCGACGCGUAACAGAACGACAUUUCUGCCGAGCACCUCCAGAAUGCUCUCCACCUCAGAAACCCCCAACACUCCACCAGCGGCCGCCGGUUCAGCCUCUGCCCCCACAAACACCACCACCCCAAUAAGACUCGUCAUAAAAAGAAACCCCAGCAGCAGUUCCGCUACGUCGGUAACCACCACCCCGAUGUCGCAGCUACAAAAACAGUUCUCCAGCGAACACACCUCGAGAUUAACCGGACAUUUAUCGGAAGAGCAACACGACCAACCGAGGGUCACACUGGACUCGAUCAUCACCGAAUAUUUAACCAAUCAGCACGCGUUAUGCAAAAACCCGAUGGCCACCUGUCCGCAAUUCAAUUUAUUCAUGCCGCACAAAUGUCCGGAUCCGAAACCGAAAAUCGUGACCACUAAUAACAUCGUGAUGAGACACGCGAGGAGGCAGAUCGGUGUCGCCUCGAAAACGAUGGACCGACGGUUUAUCCAUUCGAGAUUUUGUCCGGUCGAGACGAUAAGGUCCGUUACCGAGGAGAGUUUCUUCACGUGCGCCAAAUUUUUCCCCGGAAAGAAUUCGCUGAUCGUCGGCGAUUAUAACGGGGAUAUUCACAUCUAUGACAGUUUAACCGGGGCGGAGGAGUAUACGUUUAGCGCUCACGAUAACUAUAUCGUGCAUAUGGAGGCGAAUCGGACCGGAGAGCUGCUGUUGACCACCUCGACCUGGGGACGGACGAUUUCCGCUUUGUGGGGCCUGAAGGACUACGAUAUGAAGCUGCCAUUUAAUGAUGCUGAACAUAUCGAAUUCAGUAAACUGAUCCAAGACAAAAUAAUUGGAACCAAAGGGGAAGUCGCCACGAUAUACGACGUGAACACGGGCCAGACCAUCUUAAAAUUAGCCCCGCAGCUGAGCAACAUGUACACAAAAAACAAAGCGACAUUCAGUAUGAACGACGAAUUAGUCCUGACAGAUGGCGUUUUGUUUGACAUAAAAUCCGGCAAAGAAAUUAAUCGACUGGAUAAACUGAACCAAACCCAAAACGGGGUGUUUCAUCCUAACGGUCUCGAAAUUAUUUCAAACGCGGAAGUCUGGGAUAUACGGACGUUGCAUUUAUUGAAAACCGUGCCGCUCUUAAGUAAUUGUACUUUAACGUUCGCCCCGGUUAACAGCGCCAUCUAUGCGAUCUCGAUGGAACAGGAGAUGGACGACGGCGAUUCGGCUUUCGAUUCUAGUUUUAAAACAAUCGACGCGAAUGAUUAUUCCAGUAUAGCUACCAUCGAAGUAAAAAAGAACAUUUACGAUCUCGCAGUAAAUUUGUACGACACGCAAAUUACCCUGGUGGAGAAUCAGGGGAUGUAUAAUUCGGUGCAAGAGUCUGUCGUUCGUUUGUAUGAUGUCGGACGGAGGCGAGACGAUGACGACGAACAGGAGGAAGAAGAAGAUGAAGAAGACGAGCUGGACGACGACAACGACAACAGCGACGACGACGCGUCUGGUAACGGUGACCGCGUGAUCAUAAAUUUAACAGGCGGAAGCGACAACGAGGACAACGACAACCAGGAGGAAGGAAACGAGAACAGCGGCAGCGACAGCGAGGAUUCCACGUGGACGACGUUGUCUAGCGGAACGGGCGAUUCCAGAGAUUCUCUUAUCGAGGACAUUUGGUUCGAAUAUUAAUAGUUAAUAUCGGGUGUAAAACAAAACAAAAAAUUAUUGUUUAAAUUUUUUUUAAAGUUUUCCUCUUGUUUGUGUCAUGUGAUGACACGUCAACGAUGAUGAACCGAACGUGAGGGAAUUCAUUAAUAUCAGGUUGUCGACUGAAUUUUUUUUGUUUAAAGAUAGCUAGUGUUCUUAUUUACGUCGUACUUUGUAAAUAAUAAAGUUUAUUUUCAGUUUUA